AUGCUCCUGAACGACUGGGGGGCGCCCGCGGGGAGCAGCCCGGCCUUCUACGUCCACGCUGAGGGCCUGGCCUCGGGCGUGGUCUACCAGGUGGCGAACGUGAUCGCCACGCAGGCGGUGAAGAAGGUCGGCAUCGGCUCGGCGGAUUACACCGUGCACGAGGUCAGCAACGUCGGUGCGACCCUGUUGAUAGGCUUCGUGGGGCCCGAGCUUGGGCUGCCAGUGAAGGUGCCUUCAAACAUAUCUCUCGCAAUUUUUGGCGCCUUCCUCACGGGCCUCGGCAUGAUCCCAACGAUGCUGAUGACCGACGCGCCCGAAGAGAAGCCCGCGGAGAUCAAGCAGAAGCUGCUCGUGGCCUCGGCCGCCGGGCAGGCCUCGGGUCAGUCGGGCAGGAGGUCCCUGAGAAACGUGGACUUCGGCGCCGCGGACGAGGCGUCCAUGCUGGAGGCAAACGCGCACAGCUGGGACAUGUUUCAGGUCAACGCCCACACCUGGGACGGGAGCACCGUUCCGCCGCGCAUGCGGACGACCCUCAAGCAGUUCCAGCACACGACGGGAGGACUGCCCACGACGCCGGCGUUCCUUGAGGAGGACGAGGAGGAGCAGGAGGAAUCGCUGCAAGAGGGCUGGGGUCGCAAGGUCAGCAACGAGAAUACCAAGAAGGACAAGGUGGUCGGUCUAGUGCUUUCUCUGAUUGCCGGCGCACUGUUUGGAAUCAUGUUUGCGCCUAUGCCCUACUGGCAGGCCCGGAUGAGCAGAGCGGGCGUCAGCGCACGCCCUGCCGACUUUGUUUUUGCCGUCUGCGUCGGCACGUCUCUGACUUCUACUGCGUGGUUGCUGUUCUGGUCUGCCAUCAAGCGCUUCCAGAACAGGGCGUUGGAAAAGAGCGUGUUGCGCCCCGCGCUCUUCGCGGGCGCAAUUUAUUAUUAUGCGCUUCUACUUGAGUUCUCGGCCAUGGCCCUGCUGCCCUACGCGGUUGCGUACGUCGCCUGCACGGGCUUCGCUCUUGCGGUCAGCAUGGGCUGGGGGAUGUUCUGCUUCGGAGAAAUGACGGGAAGCCACAAUAGGCUGAUGGCUGCCCUGUCCUUCCUGGGUGUUAUCUUGGGCGCCGUUGUGCUUGCGGCAGCUGCUUGA